AUGAAUAAUGAAAAAGAAAAUGAAUCUCCUGGAGAUCCAAUGGAUAUAGAUGUCGUGGUUGUUGUGGAAAAUGUAGCCACUCCAGAAGUGCCUUCAGAAGUGCAUUCUGAGGCACACUCCGAAGUACAUUCUGAAGUACAUUCUGAGGAAGUACAUUCCGAAGUUCAUUCUGAAGUACAUUCAACUGAUACACCGACGUCUGUAAAAAUAAAAACGAAAAAAUCAAAAUGGGAGUCUGAAAGUGAAAACGAGAUGCCAGAAAGUGAACGAAGAGUUAACAAAAAAAACCGUGCCGCGAAAAAAGUUUUAAAACCUACUGUCGAUUCCGAGGCUGACGAGUUUGGCUCGCAACAAGAAAGUGCAACUGAAAGUGUAAAACGUUUAAAAGUUUCUGUUGAGGCUGCUGAAUCUCCUUCAAUAAAAUCCGCUUCUUCUAUCGCUGAAUCUGUAAACGAAGUCACUGAAGUUUCUACUCCACCAGAAAAUACUGUUUCGACUCCACAAACUGUGGUUGAACAAAUGAUUAAACCUGUACCCUCUUCAAAACCUCCUAUGCUUACAGGUUGUCGUAGUGUUGAUAAUUAUGAAAAAUUGAAUAGAAUUGAGGAAGGCGCUUAUGGUGUGGUUUUUCGUGCCAGAGAUAAAGCUACUGGUGAAAUUGUUGCCCUAAAAAAAUUAAAAUUAGAUAAAGAAAAAAACGGUUUUCCUAUCACUUCUUUACGAGAGGUGCAUACCUUACUUUUGGCUAAACAUCCAAACAUUGUUAAUGUUAGAGAAAUUGUGGUUGGUGAUGCAUUAAAACAGAUAUUUAUUGUAAUGGAUUUUAUAGAGCACGAUCUUAAAAGUUUAAUGGAGGAUAUGCAAAGUCCUUUCUUACAAUCUGAAGUCAAAACAAUAAUGCUUCAGCUUCUAUCUGCUGUCGCAACGUUACAUGACAACUGGAUUAUUCACCGUGAUUUAAAAACUUCAAAUCUAUUAUUAAAUAAUAGAGGUCAAAUUAAAGUGGCUGAUUUUGGUUUAGCUAGAAAGUAUGGUAGUCCUUUAGCUCCUGAGUUAUUAUUAGGUGCCAAAAAAUAUUCUACGGCUGUUGAUAUGUGGUCCGUUGGCUGCAUAUUAGGGGAAUUGGUAAAUAAAGAACCUUUAUUACCAGGUCGAACAGAGAUUGAUCAACUAGAUAAGAUAUUUAAAUUAUUAGGCAUGCCCAAUGAAAAAAUAUGGCCGGGUUUUUCAAAGUUACCACAUGCUAAAAAUAUUCCUUAUGUAAAACAAUCUCGGUUUCCAUAUUUGACUGAAAAUGGUAUUGACUUAAUAGCAAGAUUGUUAACAUAUGAUCCGGCAAAACGAAUUACUGCUGAAGAAGCUUUGAAACAUCCAUACUUUACUCCAUUGCCUAAGGAUCCAGAAAUGUUUCCAACUUGGCCUUCAAAGGGUGGUGGUGAAAGUCCAUCAGCUCCAAAUGUUGCGCAUGGAAUCGGUGAAUUGGAUGAAGAGGAUCAAGCAUUUCUAGGAUCUAUUUUUGAGAAUCAAGGUGGAAAUGAUUAUGAAUUAACUGUGUGGCGAGAAAAAAAUAGUAAAAGAGAAACGCGAGUUUUGGGAAUAUUAUAUUUCAUUCAUACAACAGUCUGGAAAGCCCUUUUUGGCAAACAAGCGGAUUCUUUGGAGAAGAGUACAGAGCAUGAAGACGAAUAUAAUGAUCCGCUAAUAAGCAAAUAUAUUUCUGUGCCCAAGGAAUUAUCACAACUAAAUUGUAACGCGUUUCUUGCUGGAAUUGUUGAAGCAAUUUUAGACGGUGCCCAAUUUGUGAUGACCGCUCAUUCUCUUCCUCAAGACGGUUUUCCGUUACGUACCACAAUAUUGAUUCAAUUGGAUAAAGAAAUUCUUCAAAGAGAAGAGCAGCUUAAAUAA